CAGUCAGAUUCCAACACAACACUAUCUGAUUGAAAAUCAGGGAGGGGAGCAAAAGAAAAGAGCAAAAAGUGCGAUGUUUUACAGUGGUUUGGAUUCUGAGUUUUGCGAAAGGAUUUUAGGAAAUAUUUUUACUUCGACUUAUUGGAUAUUGUUUUAAUAAGUAAGCAUUGCCAAUAUACAGUAAUAUACAGUAAUAUGACAACUAUCCUACCUAGCCUACUUGUUAUAAACUAACGCGUUGUCAUGCCACGAUCCUUUUUGGUGAAAAACAAGAGGUGCACAUCUUACAAUGUGCACCAAUCUCACGAAGAUGAAGCCGAAUCGAGGGACCCUGCAUUUACAGAACCAAAGAGUCCAGAGUCUCCAGUCAGGCCUCAGUCACUGAGUCAGCCCACUCAUCCUGACACCUAUUCUUACAUGAAAAAUGAACAGGAGCCUGAACGGCCAGUCCCCUUUCACCCUGACCCAACAGGACACCCUGUUACCCCUGCUCCACCACCAUACUACUUAUCAGAGGCUCACAUGGCAGAGCUCCCUGCAUACUACAAGCCCUCCUACACCUGGGACUCUGUACCUGCGCCCUAUGACCUUUGUACGAUGGGCUUCCUCCCCUCCCUCCUGCAGCACUCCAGGAGCCUAUUUGGGGCUAAAGUCAGCCACAGCCCUGAGCCCCAGCAACCUCUGGACUGCAGCACACACUACUACCCCACCUCGGGAACUUAUCACUGCAUCACCUGUGACAAGGUGUUCUCAACCCCUCAUGGUUUGGAGGUGCAUGUCAGACGCUCCCACAGCGGGACCAGACCAUUCGGCUGCAGCAUCUGCAGGAAAACCUUUGGCCAUGCUGUCAGUCUGGAGCAACACAUGAACGUUCACUCACAGGAAAGAAGUUUUGAAUGCAAGAUGUGUGGAAAGACAUUCAAGCGCUCUUCCACCCUCUCCACCCAUCUACUCAUCCACUCCGACACCAGGCCCUACCCCUGUCAGUACUGUGGAAAGAGGUUCCACCAGAAGUCGGACAUGAAGAAACACACCUACAUCCACACAGGUGAGAAGCCCCACAAAUGCCAGGUGUGUGGCAAGGCAUUUAGCCAGAGCUCCAACCUCAUCACACACAGUCGUAAACACACAGGCUUUAAGCCCUUUGGCUGUGAGAUCUGUGUCAAGGGCUUCCAACGCAAGGUGGACCUCCGCAGACACCAUGAGAGCCAGCAUGGCCUGAAGUGACGAGGUUGAGAACAAUGGAUAGAGAAGAAGAGGAAAGAGUGCCUUAGCAAAACAACAUAGCAAAGAAAGAGAAAGAACGACCAAACAUGUCCUUUAGUGGUGAGCAUCAUGACACAAAAUGGCCACUAUGGACACAAUCAUUUUGUUUUACACAUAUCGUAUUGAAUCUUAUCCUUCUUGUGAAAAGGCAUUUUUAAGAAUCAGACUUUAGACAAGGCAAAUUAUGAAUAUACUUUUUUCAUAAAGUAUUUGCUAUCACUUAAGGAGGAACAGCCCUUUGGAAUAAAAUCUAAUUCAACUGA